AUGUAUCGCAACGAUCCUCUCGCCAUGUACAACCAGGCCAUGCUGUCGCGAGGCGGCCGCCCUCGCCGCUUCGACGAGUACUACCGAUGCUACCCAGUCCUCAUGAAGACGGACCGUCAAGAUGUCAUUCACGGCGGCAAGGUCUACCUGCCCGCCUCUGCCCUGGACAAGCUCACUCAGCUGCACAUCACCUACCCCAUGCUCUUCGAGCUCAUCAACGGUGCCAAACAGACAAAGACGCAUGCUGGUGUCCUCGAAUUUACCGCUGAGGAGGGCAAGAUCUACCUACCAAACUGGAUUAUGCGCUCGCUCCUUCUCGACCCUGGCGACCUCCUCCAGAUCAAGUCCACCGACUUGCCUCCUGGUUCUUUCAUCAAGUUGCAACCCCAAAGCCCGGCCUUCCUCGACAUCUCCGACCCCAAGGCCGUCCUCGAAAACGUCUUCCGCAGCUACUCUUGUUUAACAAAAGGCGACAUCUUCUCCUUCAGCUACGUAGACCAGAUUCACGAAGUCGCCGUUCUAGAAGUAAAACCAGACAAGGACUCCCACUCCAUCAGUGUCCAAGAAACAGAUCUGAGCGUCGACUUUGCCACGCCCGUCGGCUAUGUCGAGCCCGAGCGUAACAGCGGUACCUCGACACCUGCUCAGGUCAAGGCCAUGGGCGGUCCCAUGCACACCCAAGGAACCAUGGCCCAAGCCAUCAACUACUCCGCCAUUGCCCCGACCAGCACAGACGCAGCCACAGGUCACGCAGCAGCAGCCUCGCACUUCCUCUCUCAAGGCCACCGUCUCGUCCCAAAGAAAGGCAGCAGAACCGCAACUCCCUCAUCUACCGGUACAUCAACACCAGCCCCUGCAGAAACCGUCGGUAUUCCUGGUAUGGCAAAACCUCAGCCUCGCAGAAACGGUCCUCAACCUCUACGUCUGGAACCAAACAAGCUCUUCUUCGGCUAUGAGGUCAAGCCCAAGCCUGCAAAGAAGGAUGAGACCAAGGAAGAACAAAAGAAGCAACACUUUUUCUCUGGUGAAGGUCAGACUCUUAGGAAGAAGAAGUGA